UCCAUUCAUUCGCCUAUUGUUGUAUUUUGACGGUAUAGGAUUUCAACUUCCGUGUUUGUUGGUGUUUUGUUUCUUUCCUUUAAACUCCUCUUCGUUGAUGAAAAACUUAUUUUGAUUAUCGGUGCUUUGUGUGAUGUCGGCCUGUGACCUGUGACCCGACCUGGGAGAUGGCAAGUGGAAACAAGUUUGAUGAACUUAGAAAGAAAUUCAGUGCCGAAGGGGUCGGCAAUCCUGGAUUGGGAUUAAAGUCACCGCCUCCUCCUCCCGCCUCGAAAAAUGUGAACUUGGGACAUCCAGCACGAGGUGGAGGAGUAGGCGGAGGAGGAAGUGGAGGAGGAGGAGGAGGGAUGGUCACUAGAGGAGGAGGAGCCUUUGGUUAUAGAGGUAAUAGCUCCAAUUCAACAGGACCAAAGCUUUCUAGUAGUCAAAGUCAGCCUACUCUGCCAUCAUUGCCAUCGAGGACUCAGUCUCAGAGCUCAAGCUCCUCGGAUAUAUCAGACAUUCCUCCAGUGACCUCACCAAUAGCUGGUUAUUCAAAGAAAGCUCUGCCAGCGAGGGUAAUUUCACAACCGCCCUCUAUGUUCCGUCAGUCGGAAGCCCACAUAGAAGAGGACAUGUACACUGCUGCUGACGACGAGGAUGCCGACAUGAAUGGGGAUGGGGUAGAGGAUGAACUCUACAUGGUGGACCUGGAUGACAAUGAUCCUGCCGUUAGUUAUCCACCGACGUUCUAUAUGUGCUGUAGCCUUCAUGGAGAAGACAUCGAAUCAAAGUCAGCAGUUGAUAUCAACAGCAACCAGUAUAAUAUCUACAAUGUUUAA